AUGGGUGAGGUGGCCUAUAUGGACGAAGGAGACUUAGAAUUAAUAGUCAGAGGCUACUCCGGCUCUGGAGAUGCGUUUUCCGGCGAAAGCUCCGGUGGAUUCUCACCUUCGUUUUGCCUCCCUACUGAGACGGCUAGUUUCUACGAACCGGAAAUGGAGACAACCGGUUUAGACGAACUCGGUGAACUCUACAAACCCUUUUACCCUUUCUCCACACAACCGAUCCUCACGAGCUCCGUCUCUGCUCCCGAAGAUUCUAACAAUUUCCGAGAUGAGAAGAAACAACGAACACAUGCUUGUCUUUUAUCCAACGAAUCAAGAGUUGAUCAUAUCCGAAUCCCAGAAUCCAAAUCCAAGAAGAGGUCAGUAUUCUUGAAGUUAUCUUUGAGCAAGAAGAAUCAACAGAAGAGAGUUGUUGAGCAAGUGAAGGAAGAGAAUCUGUUGUCGGACGCAUGGGCGUGGCGUAAGUACGGACAGAAACCUAUCAAAGGAUCUCCAUACCCAAGGAGUUAUUACAGGUGCAGCAGCUCGAAGGGGUGUCUGGCAAGAAAACAAGUCGAAAGAAAUCCGCAGAACCCGGAAAAGUUCACCAUAACGUAUACAAACGAGCACAAUCAUGAAUUACCAACCCGGAGAAACUCAUUAGCCGGUUCGACUAGAGCCAAAUCUUCCCAACCCAAACCGUCAUUAACCAAAAAACCCGGAAAACAAGUGGUUUCUUCUCCCACAAGCAACCCCAUGAUCACAUCCGCUGAUGAAUCCUCCGCUGUGGUUCAAGAAAUGGGAGUUGCAGAAAUGAGUUCCUACCAAAUAACCGGAGAAAUCGAGAGCAUGAGUAACAAUUUACCAGCGGAUUUGAUGUCGGGGACUUCAACUUUUCCGAGUUUUACCGGUGACUUUGAUGAACUAUUGAACAGCCAAGAGUUCCUCAAUGGGUACUUAUGGAAUUACUAGAGAACGUUAGGUGUAUGUAUAUAACUAUCUAUAUUCAAACUUAUAUUAUAGUUGCAUUGCAGCCGUUGAGAAAAUUGUAUACUUAUCUCUUGUCUCUAAGAGAUUAGAGGGUCGUUUAGUUUUCGUCUUGUUUCCAGCUUAACCUUUAACCAAAUAGUAUUUUCGUUUUCCUUCCAAGUCAUACAAA